AUGGAGUCGGAGGCGGACUACUCCUCCCGUCGAGGCAGCACAGCCAGCAGCUGCGUAGGCGACAUCUACAAGGAAGUGGACACCUAUAUUCGCGGGUCGCGGAACGCCGAGCUCCGAGACGUGCCUUUGGUCGACUUCCACGGACUGUUGUCGGCCGAGGCAGAAAAGCUAGAGGCGAGAGAGUUGGAGGCGAGAGGGUUGAAAGCGAUGCCGGGGGUUACGACGGGGGGCGCCGGGUUGGCCCACGGCCGGGUAGUGUACAAGUUGGCUGAGGGUGUAUAUUACAUUCCGGAGGGUAGCACGGUGGAGUUUGCGAAGCAGCAGUGGCGCCAGGCUUUGCUGAAUUACCCGCUCGUGUGCGAACACAACACAAACAAAGGCGACAUAUCGGCCAGCUUCAACCCGGCCACGGAGUUCACUCGCGCACCCCGCCUUCGCUGGUGCAGUCUGGGCGUCGGCUACGAUUGGACGGCCCGCUCUUACGAAAGCGAGCCCCCAGCUGCGCUGCCCCCCUCCCUUGCCCAGUUCGCUCAGACCGUCGCAAACGAAAUAAAAGCCAAAACAGCCUGCGUCUGUCUCAAACCGAACGACCAAGACGUCCUUGUGGACCAAGACGUCCUUGUGGACCAGGAUGUCCUUGCGGACCAAGAUGUGACAAGUAUGAGUAACUGCUGUUGCAGUUGGGGACGCUUCUCGCCGGACUGUGCAUUGGUUAACUACUACAUGGGAGGUGACCGGUUGCGCGGCCACCGCGACGACGUGGAGAAGGCGAAAGGCAUGCCAUUGGUCACGUUGUCACUGGGCACGGCCGCCCUCUUCCUUUUCGGAGGGCCAAACCGCGAUUGCAAACCCACCGCUAUCGUCCUGCGGGCCAGAGACAUCCUCGUCAUGGGCAACAAAGCCCGAUGCAACUACCAUGGCGUGCCUCGGCUCCUCAACUAUCAACUCGGCAAUCACACACCCAGCGACCGGGACAUGCUGCUCGCCGACGAAAACCCCGUGGACCCCGCCAACCCCCUGCGAAUUAACAUUAGCAUUCGCCAGUGCUGGUGCUAG